AUGGAUAGCUCCAUCAAAGACCGAUUUUGUCCGCACCGCCCAAUCGGGGGCAUGCGUAUUUACGGCACCGAAAGGAUCCAUAACAGUCAGUGUAAAACGCAUCACAUGGUUUGGCUGCCCGCCGGAAAAUUGGUUUCUCUCCCAUGUAAACUGCGACAGCUCCAUAAACGGGAAUCUCCUGAGUGGUGGGUUCGAGAGAACCGGGAACUGGAUACAAAUUUUACUUCCAACUCCAUUGCGGCAUGGUAUGAUCGUCUUGGGAACCUACUCCAUGUGGGUGAGAUUCUGUUGAUUCAUGUCCCUCCAUUUGAAGCUAGCGAACUAUCUGUGACUCAGUAUGCGGCACGACCCACUCCUCCAACGGAGAAACCGAUGAGUCUGAUGCCAGAGUAUAGGAGUUGGAUCGGUGGAACCAACCAAAUUCUAAAGGUUAGACACAUGGAUUCUGUCACAUGCAGUGAACUUCAAACUAGCACAGUUAUCGGAUAUCGAGACCCUUGGAAAGUAAUCGAACGAAAAAGCCGAAUCGGGAGGCAGGUUUUUUUUACAUUCAUGAUCUAUGUGCAACCGAUAAUCAUUUGGAACUACGCAGUUCCACCGGAGAUUGAGUUCGAAAACAGAAGCGUACUGCUUAAACCAGUCACAAAUUGGUGUUACAAGCAACGCUCCAUAAAAAGACAUGUUGCUCGGGCAUGCAGCGGCAUUUAUGAACAUCGCAGACCCUUCGUUAAACUUUCUGGCCUCAAAGAACGUAUGCCACUAGUUCAGUCGACCGCCUUAGGGUACACAGAGCUUGGUGUGCAAAUAGAAUUGUCUGUGUCACCUUUGAGUCUUUUGGCCGAUCCGACAAACGGAGAAUUGAGUUAUCUACAUGCCCACCUAAAACACAGUUUGGAUAUGUACCUUUUAGAGGAUUUAGAAAAUCAACUGAACCUUGAAGAUCCCUUCGAGUCGACCAUAGUGGCAACCCGUUUGAGUGUUAUCUGUCCUCCUGGAACUUUCACAUUCACAACCAAACCGGUAUUACGCGGUCUCAAUUUCGAAAGCCUAUUGAAUUCAAGCUUCAAGGACAGCUCAGCAGAAGCACUCCUACCAUACAAGUUGAUUUGUCACCCCUGUCCUGAUGGCACAGCAUCCCGUGCACCAUACACAUAUGAUGAUGGCUGCUAUAAAUGUCCACGGGGAUAUUAUCGGGGUAGCACCGGAUGGCCAAGCAGCGCUGGUUGUUUAAGAUGCCCAGAGGGGUUUACGACGGACACUGUUGGAGCCACCUCUAUUGGGGAGUGUAAACUAAACGCAGGAGCUAUCACCAGAUGGAUACUCAGUCAGCUGCUUCAGAUGUGGUUCUCGUUGGAGCAAAUAAUUGCUGGGAAAUCUGGACCAGAGACUCCGACAAGAGCGCUGCCUUUUGAUCAGCAAUCUGCAUGGGCAUGGUUGGGCAGAUUAGAUAGGCUCCAAAGCAUAUUCAAAAAGCAGUACAGGCUACUCUUGAAAGCAGUACUGAUUGGACAAAUUAAUUUGGUUUCUCACAUAAAAAUGCGCGCUAAACAGAGCGUCAAAGCGGACCCAAAUGACCCGUUUACGCCAAGAAUUGAAGUGGAUCACAAUGGGAAAGGAGAUUAUACCUUGCCGCGUAACGAUAACAAGUGA